AACCUUUUGCCAGAAAGAUGGAGCAGAUCGAGCCUGAUGGUGAGGGUAGAGCCCCUUGGGCAGCUCCCGCGCCGCACCUUGGCCCUCGCGUUGUUCCCCGAGGAGGGGCAGCCCUGGGCUGGGGGGCGCGUGGUGCUUUCUGCUCUGGCAAGGAAAGCAUCCGACCCUCCUGUUUCUGGAGCCCGGCUGCAUCUCCUCCCCUCCCCCUGCUGCAGUGUGGUUGGCUGCCGAGCUCCUGGUGCCCUGCGCUUCUGCUGGAACCGGAGGGCAGCGGCGGCAGGCGCUGUGGGAGCUGCGCAUCGCCGCAGCCCCCCUCCCUCCCUCCCUACCCUGCUUCGCCGCGGUGCCCGGGAGCCUCUGGGAGUUGCCGACGCUGGACAAGCCGCUGCAGGCAACCGGGGCUGCAGGAGCGGGAUUAUGUCCACCAUGGUGUACCCAAGGGAGGAGAAACUGGACAAGCUGAGCCAAGAGGAGAUAAUUUCCAACACCAAGCUGGUGAUGCAAGGGCUGGAGGCGCUCAAGAAUGAACACAACUCCAUCCUGCACAGCUUGCUGGAGACCAUCAAGUGCCUGAAGAAAGAUGAAGAAGCCAAUCUUGUGCAUGAGAAAUCCAACCUGCUCCGCAAAUCAGUGGAAAUGAUCGAACUGGGGCUCGGAGAAGCUCAGGUGAUGAUGGCGUUGUCCAACCAUCUGAAUGCCGUGGAGUCAGAGAAGCAGAAGCUGCGCGCUCAGGUGCGGAGGCUGUGCCAGGAGAACCAGUGGCUGCGCGACGAGCUUGCCAACACCCAGCAGAAGCUGCAGCGCAGUGAACAAACGGUGGCUCAGCUGGAGGAGGAGAAGAAACACCUCGAGUUCAUGAACCAGCUGAAGAAGUACGAUGAGGAUGUCUCCCCUUCGGAGGAGAAGGAAGGUGACUCUGCCAAGGACUCUCUGGAUGAUCUGUUCCCGAAUGAGGAGGAGGAGCAUGGCCCUGGAUUGCCCCACCAGCACAGCAGUGCAGUGGCAGCUGCCCAGCAGGGAGGCUACGAGAUUCCCGCACGUUUGCGCACCCUCCACAACCUUGUCAUCCAGUACGCCUCCCAGGGACGCUACGAGGUGGCUGUGCCGCUCUGCAAGCAGGCACUGGAGGACCUGGAGAAGACAUCAGGCCACGACCACCCCGAUGUGGCCACCAUGCUCAACAUCCUGGCGCUGGUGUACAGGGAUCAGAAUAAAUACAAAGAGGCAGCACACCUCUUGAAUGAUGCUCUCUCCAUCCGUGAGAAGACUCUGGGCAAAGACCACCCGGCGGUGGCAGCAACUCUGAACAAUCUGGCUGUUCUCUACGGCAAGAGAGGGAAGUACAAAGAAGCAGAGCCACUGUGUAAGCGAGCCCUGGAGAUCCGUGAGAAGGUUCUAGGCAAAGACCAUCCUGAUGUGGCCAAGCAGCUGAACAACCUAGCCCUGCUGUGCCAGAACCAGGGCAAGUACGAUGAGGUGGAAUACUAUUACUGCCGGGCCCUGGAGAUCUACGAGAGCUGCCUGGGUCCUGAUGAUCCCAACGUGGCCAAGACCAAGAACAACCUGGCCUCCUGUUACCUGAAGCAAGGCAAAUACAAAGAUGCAGAGGUGCUGUAUAAGGAGAUCCUUACCCGCGCCCACGUGAAGGAGUUUGGCUCUGUGGAUGAUGAGCACAAGCCAAUCUGGAUGCAUGCAGAGGAGAGAGAGGAGAUGAGCAAGAGCAAGCACAGAGAUAGUGCUCCCUACGCUGAGUACGGUGGCUGGUACAAGGCCUGCAAGGUUAGCAGCCCGACUGUGAACACCACUCUGAGGAACCUGGGUGCGCUGUACCGACGCCAGGGCAAGCUAGAGGCAGCCGAGACCUUGGAGGAGUGCGCAGUUCGCUCUCGACGGCAGGGCAUUGACCCGAUCAACCAGACAAAGGUGGUGGAGAUCCUGAAGGAGGGCGACGGCACAGAGAGACGUCGGAGCCUGGGGGGCAGCGUCAAGUACGAGAAUGCCACAGACGGUAGCGAGGAAGUGAGUAUGGGCGUGGAAUGGAGCGGGGCUUAAAUGCCUCCCGAGACUCCCUCUUUCCCCUCCACCGCAAUCACCUGGAUGUUUGUGUUGUAUCCUCCGACUUUUCCUCCACACCAUCCCUCCUUCCUCGGCAAGAACUCUACGCCAGUCCCCCAACCCUCCCGACGCGCGAGGGCACCGCGAUGCCUGCAGAGGAGUGCCUGGCCCCGCGGCCCCAGCUCCAGUCCCGUGGCUAGCAAGAGCAGGAAGAAUCUGCGAGGAGCUGCCCACUCCCCCAGGCCAGGGUGACGGGCCACCGUCCCCUUGCGUGCCCCUACCCCCAGCCUGCCCUCACACAUCCCUGGGGACCAGGCCUGAGGGGGGGAUUGUCUUCACUCCAGGCGUGCUGACUCCACUGUCAUUAGACAUCCUCAACCUUCCUAGCUCGCUUCCUCCAGCUCUGCAGAGGCCAGGACGGAGGCGUGAAGAUGGGGGGGGGGGGGGGGGGGGGGCUGUUCUGGUGUUCUGGGACAGUGUGCCCAGUUGCUUUCUUCCCCGUAGGCUUUAGCUGAUGUUAGUGCACUGUAGCAAACCUGCGCUGGCCACUGGUGAGCUGGGCUCUCCCUGCAACACAGGGCAGUCCCUGUCUUGCUGUCCUCCUCCCUGCUGAGCUCUGCAACCCAAAGGGCAGCACGUGGGGGUCUCUGCAGGGGCACGGGGAUGUAGGGCAGCCCAUAGCUACUGUACAUCCAAGAGGAGGUGUGAGGGGGGGUGGCAGCCAAGGGCCACGAGUGGAACAGGGACCUGCCAGGACAAGCAUGCUUUGUUGCAGCCUGAUGCUGUAGCAGAGUUCCUCACCUAAUGGCAUUAAGGGGUGAAUCAGCUCCCCGUUGCUCCAGGGUCCCCAGAUGUGGCUGCUGGGAGAGGGAGAGAGGGGUGAAGGUGUUUGCUGUUCUUUGGAGGCAGAGGAAGAGUAGGAGGAAAGCAGAACUUCUCUGGAAGGGGCCAGACCCCAGGCCCUUAGAAGCGGCCGAGAUGGGGAACGGGCUGGUUUGGAGCAGAGUGGUUGGGGGGAAAAAGGAGGUGCAAAGGAGGAUGCGAAGGAAGGAGGAGCAGGAGUUUGAGUGCUCUGAGCCUGGGGGGACAGAUGGGAUGGCUGGAGGGAGGUUUCCACGGGAGAAGGAGCCAGGUUGCUCAUGGAGGAGGGCAGUAACCCUGCAAAGCUGUAACCCUGUAAUUGCCAGGAAAGCAGCGCUGAGCCCCGAUGUGUGCGUGCGUGGCCCGGUGUCUUAACGGGACUCCAGGCCUGCACAGGGUCUGGUGCUGUUGGUCACUACUGGAAAAAGGGAUGUUUCCCAGGGCCAGACUGCCACUGCCUUGAGCCUCGCGCCCUUGGGUGCACACCCUCAUCCCACCUCCUCUAGGAAGUGAACCUCCCUGGCCCUCCUGCCUGGGAAGAAAGCUGGGGAGGCCGCAGCCAGCGGGAUAGAGCCUGGAGGCCAGUGCAGGAUGCCCCCUUAUUUAUUUAGCUAGGUAGUUUCUCUCAUGCUAGUUGUCUGGUAGGUUGUGUGCUUGUGUCUGUCUGGGCCUGGCUUUCCCAGGGUGGUACAGAGGCCUUUGGGGCACCUGCAUGCUGCUCUCCUGGGAGCUUGUGCUUGCUGAAAGGGCGGCGGGGUACGGAGCCCAGGGCUGGGUGCUCCAGCGCUGCACCUUCGCUGCCUCCCUCUGCCAGUGCUGCUCCACGCUCCUGGAGAGGGGCGAGUCCCCAGUUGCAGGGUGCAUUCAGGCCUGGGUGCCACCUGCCCCUGUGCUCUGCCAUGGCCUGGACCUGGUGCUGUAACGACCGUACCUCUGAUUAAAGGCAGACAGACCCAAA